UCCAGUAGCGUCCGGAGCCGCCGUGCUGCUUGCUUCGCGACUUUGCGAGUAGUUUAUCGAUUAGAAAUGUAGAGCUUAGUUUUACUUCUGAACUUUAGAGUGUAACGCGUUUUUGUACACCCGUACACCUUUAAAUUAUCAAGGUUUCCUCAAAAGUUUCUCUGUGCUGGAGCCGGUCUCGGUGUGUACUGUAGCUGAUGGGCUCCUGUUCCUCCUGUAGCGAGAAAGUUCAGUCCGAGUAAAGUUGUUUAAAUCAGCGCUUUUAUAAGAUUAUGCUGAAAUGGGGAUUUAUCUAUGGAUGAUACUCAUUCUGUUACACUACACUUCCAGAGUUCAAGGGUUGAAGUUUACCAAGAACCCAGCCAACCUCACAGUAACCCAAGGUAACGUGGCCCGUCUUGGCUGUGCUGUUGAGGGCUUAAUGGAGCCAGAGAUCGUGUGGAUGAAGGAUGGAGAAAAACUGUACAGCAUGGACCAGAUGUACAUCACUAUAGACACCUAUCACUGGGAGACAUAUCACAGUAUAAAAUCAGUCCAGCAGCAGGAUGCUGGGAAAUACUGGUGUGAGGUUGAGCAUCAUGGUACAGUCAUCUCCUCUGAGCCAGCCUGGAUCACAGUGGAAGGCGUACCUCACUUUACAUUGGAACCACAGGAUAUAGCAACAUUUCCAGGUGUUCCCUUUAACCUGUCGUGUGAAGCUGUUGGGCCUCCAGAACCCGUGCAAGUGCUCUGGUGGCUGGCAGGAGAACAAAAAGGGGAUUUCAGGCCCUCUCCAUCUGUCCUCCGGGUAGAAGGUGUAAAUGACAGCAUAAAAUUUUACUGUGAAGCCAAGAAUGCAAGAGGUAUUUCUGUCUCACGGACUGGCACCGUGUUUAUUAAAGUAUCUCCCGAUUUUCCUACUAACAUACAGAUUGACCAGGUGUCUAAUAAUGUGACUCUCAUGUGGAGCCCAGGGUUCACUGGGUAUUCUGACUUGUCCACCUGCACCAUUCAGAUGUCUAAGAGCUCAGGGAGAAAGAUAAAACUUCCUGACCAGCAAGUUACAGUGCCACCCUUCCAUCACACGGUUGCUGGACUCAGCAGUCACUCCAAUUAUAGCUUUCGAAUCCGCUGUGGCAAUGAGGUUGGGUCCUCCCCUUUUUCUCCUUGGAUGGACUUUCAAACUUCAGAAGCAGUGCCCUCAGCUUCGCCCAAGAACCUAAGCUUUCAGUUGACAGAGCAGCAGCUCACCCUGACCUGGGCAGCGCUCGAAGGAGAGGACCUGAAUGGACGACUGCUGGCCUAUAAGCUGCAAUGGAAUGUGGGAGGAGAGAGCCAGGAGCCAUUACUGUUUAAGGAAAACUUUGCCCAUGUCUCUGGAGGUUCUCGCUUCUUCAAUGCCACUUUUCAAGUGGCUGCUUGCACAGUGGUUGGAUGUGGGCCCUUAAGCCAGCCAGUGCUCAUUAUGCCAGCUUCAGCUGUGCAAGCUCAGUCUCCAAGAGGGCACAUGUGGGUGGGUCUGCUUUUUGGACUGCUGGUGGCCACGGUUCUGGGACUUCUGCUAAUGGUAUUGGUACACCGCAGAAGCAAAGAGUCUCAGUUUGGAUCUGCAUUCAAGUCAUCAGGGAGUGAAUCUGUGGUGUCCUUUACUGCAGCAAGAUCUUUCAACAGGCAGGGCUUAGAGGUCCCGGAAUACACACUGGACAGUUUGGGCAUCAACGAUGAGUUAAAGGCCAAGUUGCAGGAUGUUCUAAUCUCAGAAAGGCUUCUCACUUUAGGAAACAUGUUAGGAAAAGGGGAGUUUGGCUCAGUGCGAGAGGCCUUCCUCAAGAUGGAGGACAGCUCGGUACAGAAGGUGGCAGUGAAGGUACUGAAAACUGAUAUCACCUCUUCAAGUGAUAUAGAGCAGUGCCUUAAAGAGGCUGCCUACAUGAAGGACUUUCAUCAUCCCAAUGUCAUCCAGCUUAUAGGUGUAAGUUUGCAUAGACGGCCUCAGCAGCGGUUACCUAUUCCUAUGGUGAUCCUUCCCUUCAUGAAACACGGGGACCUGCAUACUUUUCUCCUUAUGUCCCGCCUGGGGGACGAACCCUUUACCCUCUCGGUACAAACUCUUGUCCAGUUCAUGUUGGAUGUUGCUCGGGGAAUGGAAUAUCUUGGCAGCAAAAAUAUCAUCCACAGGGAUUUAGCUGCUCGCAACUGCAUGUUGAAUGAGAACAUGACUGUAUGUGUAGCAGACUUUGGUCUUUCCAAGAAGAUCUACAGUGGUGAUUAUUACAGACAAGGGUCUGUCUCAAAGUUACCAGUGAAAUGGAUUGCACUGGAAAGUUUGGCUGACAAUGUUUAUACAACGCAAAGUGAUGUGUGGGCUUUUGGGGUGACCAUGUGGGAGAUUAUGGCUCGAGGACAGACUCCUUAUCCUGGGGUGGAAAACUCAGAAGUCUAUGAAUACCUCAUUAAGGGUGAAAGGCUUAAACAGCCUCCAGACUGUCCUGAUGACAUUUAUGAGAUAAUGCACAGCUGCUGGUCUCCUGUCCCUAAGUGCCGUCCCAGUUUCCAACAACUAGUGGCUCAGUUAGAGAAUCUCUGGACUGAACUUUCUCCAGCAGCCACAAAGGAGACACUGCUUUACGUAAACCUGGAAGAUGGAGACAGCGAGCCAGAUUCUGGACUCGGGGCUACCGCUGAUACACAGGGCACUUGUGAAGCACAAUGGGGUGUGCCUUGGCAAUGUGCAGAUAUGGAGGAGGAUGAAAAAAACUGGCUUGUAGUGCCCUCAGGGGCUGCUCUGGCUAUCGGAGGUGACUAUCGCUACAUUCUUGGACCAUGUGGGUCGACAGACAGGGAGAGCAGACAGUCUGAGGAUGGCAUCUCUGAGGAUAUCAAAGAUGAUGAAGAGGAUGCCAUCAUAAAUGUGUGACUUUUUAUACAACCUUUUCUGACUGAACAAAUCAGACUACUGUACAAAAACAGGAGGCAUUAUGUAACAGCAAAGUCUGAUAGACUGGAGGAACUUUUGAUAUCGUAAAGAACAUGCUAACUAUUUUGUGAGGCAACAUAUACCUACAGUAUACAAUCAGCUAAUACCAUGAAGUAUGCAUAGUUUUCAAGUUAUAUAUUAAUGUUUACAAGCAAAAUUAAGUUGUCACACUAAACAGCUCUAAAAAAUAACUAUAAAAGUGAAUUUAUGAACUUUGUACCAUAAGCAUUGAUUUACUGUAGUUGUUUCUCAUUAACUGAUGAAUUUUCUGUUAGAAAUCUGUCUUUUCCCUCGUCAUGGAUGAUCAUUGUUUGUGUAAAAAUCUUUUAAAAUGCCAUUGCAGAGUUUGUACAUCUACACAGGAUUGGUGGUUUGGUGCAUUACACAAAUUGUGCAUUUCAUAAGCUUUUUUUGAAUGUCCUUGUAUAUUAAGGGAUGUUACAGUAAGUGCUGAGAUGUGUAUUAUUGUUUUAAGCUAUUUUAAUGUUAAGUGGUCCACCUUUCACAAAUGCUGCAGAGUUCAAGUGUGCCUUAUUAGGGCAGAAUAACAGAUUUGAUAUUGUGCAUGUUUGCAUUUUAGUUUACCUCAUUAGUGUAUACGAACAUUUUUUUUCCCUGUUGCAUGUUUUAAAUUUGUACUUUGUACGGGGCUAUGUCAGUUGAAGUAUUUAACAUUCCUUGGCAGAAACAAAUAUGAACUGGGAUCACAAUUAGUAACUAGUGUCAUAUUGUCUAACAAGUUUUUUUUGUUUUGUUUUUUAUUUAGUGCACAUUAAUACAGAAAAUCACAAAUGAUUUGACUAUGAUUGUAUACAGUUCAAGCUAAGCCAUGCAAUAAUACAUGUAUACAUAAUAAGUAAUAUACAGGCAACAAAUAUCAGGUAGCAUUCCAUGUGGUAAAACACAGGCCAAACACUACACACAGCCUUUAGCUGACACUUGAAAUAUAAGAACCUUUUCGGUUAUUUUUGCUUAAAAGUAUUUACUGGGAAAGUUUCUCAUAACAGUAUUACAACAGUGAUAUUGCACUAUCCUCAACUGAAGUGGAACAUGUUUCUGUUCAAUGCAUAGUUCUGAUUUUGAAACAAUAAACAUGGAUUUUGUAGUA